AUAUAGUUUGUUGCGGGUGUAUUCGACUUGUGUGAAACGUGUUGAGCGCAAAUUGUUGCGUGUGUGUUGUGUAUCCGAAUCUCUCGUGCUCUCCGUGCACGGUGGGUUAUUGUGAGUAUCGCGUAGGGCAGACGACAGCUCAGGCUCGCUAUAGUCGCUGGCUCGCCGUAGUCCGUUCAGCAUAGCAAUGCUCAGUUAGCAAUCAACAGUAAACAGAAUCGGACGGAAAAGUAGGAUUUUAGUUCCAGAAUCGCAAACAUCAGAAACCUCUCUUCUUGUUGUACAGUAGAACUUUACCAAAUGAAGGAGCAAACAUAACUUUAUCUAGUUUGAGUGCAAAGCAACUAAGUGACACGGGCGACCGGAAAAGGCAAUCUUCUGAAGCUACCAUUAAUAUCCCGUGAAUGAAAUCCGAGACGAGGACAUUUUCGUGAAAAUGAGUGACACAAAAAGAUGUUAUUACGUGGAUUUAUCGAGUGGGGAGUAAACGUCUCCGAGUGUUAGCUUCCAGCACUUAGUCGCUGAACGGCUACCUAUGGCAGAAAGAUGUUCAGUGGUAGCACUUAGAACAGAUUUAGUCAAUUUAGAGCAGUUUGUCAAAUUUUGUUGUUUCGUUUUCGUAAGCUUGUGACGAGUAGUUCUGGCUUUUUUUUGCUUCAAUGCAAAAGGAAACCUGAUAGAACCAGACAGGAUAUUGGCAAAACUUGCUCGUAUCGGCAGACGUGAGCGAAUGGGUUCUGCGUAAAUUUAAAGGAAGAGGAAAACGAGAGAAAUACGCUUGGCAUCAAUGAAGAAUUGAUUUUCUUGUCUACUCCUAGCGCCAGUGCAAAGGACGUUGCCUAACAAGCUUUACAGCGAGUGUAAACAGAUACGCACAAUUUUUUGUAAAUUUCGUCAGGUUUUCCUAAGUAGCCAAGGGUAGACAGAGAGCUAUAGUACCAUCGCUUCGAUUGGUUCAGGAAAUUAAAACGUAAAUAAAUAAACUAGAAAAAUUCGUUGAAGCCAGCGAUUGUUGUAAAAUACUGAGAAUUGAAGAGAAGAUGAAUUAUUAAAAAACGAAGCAAAUUUUAUGAAUAAUAGUGAAGAGCUGCACAGUGGAAUGCAACAACCUCAAAGUAUACACACAUGAGGUAGAAAAAAAUUAUUGUGAGUGAAAAUUAAAGCAAAUAACCUUCCAGUAAAACCAAAUGAAUCGUAAAAGUUAAUCAGUGUGUGCUAUAUAAACAAUUUUAUUUUCCGUCUUUAAAAAUAAAGCAAAAAAAGCAUCGAUUCCUAUCGAGAGAGCAAUCACAGAGCGAGUGCAAGAAACAAAUGAAAACAAAAAUAAAACAAGCCAUUCGGUUCAGCUGAGUGAGUUGUCGUGCAAUAGCAUUCGAGAAAAAAAAAAUGAAGAAGGUGCACUCGUUAGAGGAAAGAAUCCCAUAACCUGAUGUCAAUGGACUUGUAAAUCAUACAAUUUUCGUUUAUAUUUACGAAUCUGGUGUGGCGUCGCGGCGAGUGCAACAUUCCGGUUGGACCGAACCAAGUGUACAGAGUUUUGAUGAAGAAGUGAAUACAAGCGUUAGUUAGUGAGUGAGUGUGUUGAGAGAAAUAAAAUAGCAAAUGCUCCAAUUACGAGUGUUGAUAAGUGGCUAAAAAUAGAAUUCCUUUUGGUAGUUGGACCCGUACGUUUGUUCACAUUUUAAAUCAGCCCUCGAAACGUGAGAAGAUUCAGGGCGCAGUGAAAAGAUUUAAAUCGCUCUAUUCAAAAGCACGUAUAUGUUUUGAAAACAAUCAGCCUCUGUUUGGCUGUCCAAAUGUGUGACGUUAGGUUCGUAGACAAAGAUUCGGUUCAUAAUCACCCUUAAGUGUUAAGAAAAAAAAAAGAGCGAACCCUCUAGAGCCGCACUAACUAGCGGAACCAGUUUGGCACAAAAAUAUGGUUCCACAGCUGAAUCACGACCUUCAAGUGAUAGUGUCCCAACAGGAGAUGAUGGAUACCGGUGUGGUGCAGAUGCAGCAGAUCACCACCAACGGGUUGCUCGACCAGCAACAACAAGUUCUGCAGGUCACCAUGAACAGUAACGACCAGCUGAUGGUGGUCCAGCAGCAACAGCAGCAGCAUCAACAACAGCAGCAGCAACAGAUGGCAACUCCGGUCCUGUUCGGGUCCCAAAUGGUGGACAAAAACUCCAGCACGCCUUACACCGAUGCGACACAGACGAAAAAACACAGUCCCGGUCAUAUCAAACGUCCGAUGAACCCAUUCAUGGUGUGGAGUCAGAUCGAGCGGCGCAAAAUUUGCGAAGUGACACCGGACAUGCAUAAUGCGGUUAUCUCCAAAAAUCUGGGAGCCCGCUGGAAAGCGUUGAGCGAAGCUGAGAGGCAACCGUUUGUCGAUGAAGCCGAACGUUUGAGAAAACUGCACACACAGGAGUACCCCAAUUACAAGUACCGCCCGAAGAAAAAGCAGGUCAAGGGAAGCGGCGGUAGCAAGAGUAGUACUGGGUCAUCUUCGUCUGCUUCGUCCUCACCCGCGUCGUCUACGUCAUCGCGCGAUAGCUGCGUAUCAUCCACCGGUAGUGCAUCGGGUAAAACCAAAUCCGGUCGGCGCAGUGGGAAGGUCAGCAAGAAUGACAGCAACAACAACAGCAGUAGUAACGGCGUUAAUUUGAAAUCGAAGAAAGCGGUACUCCGAGCGGAGCUGAGGGACACAAACGAGGAACUGUACUACCAUCAACAGCAAUGCGUCGGAGGACAGUCGCCAAAUUCCCCGGAAGGUGCCGCACUGUACGAUGAUAGCUCCCUGAUCUCUCAGGAGCCACCGUUUGCCAACUCGGUGUUUGAGUCCGAUAACAAUCUGUUUACCACCAAUCUGGAAGGACUAACCGCGACCGAUUGCAAUAAUUGUUUUGGUCAACAGACUUUAUUCGAGAAUGAGGAUGAUAAUAAGGCGUUUAUUUUGACCCAGGAUGAUGAUUCGAAGAGCUAUCUCUUCACAAAUGGAACAAUGAGCAACCAGGACCAGAACGGGGUGACGGUUGGGACCGGCGGAAAUGGUAAUGGAAACAGCAACGAGGUGGAUAUCAAACGAGAAAUGUUCUUCGAAGAAGACGAUCGGUUCAGGUUGGAUGAUCCAUGCCUGGACGAUGUGCUGAACGGAACGGGUCACCGGGAUCAAGUCAGCGGUCAGGUGCACAGUCCUAGUCCAGUUAGUGUGAGUUCCAUGAAUGACAUCGUCCCCUACAAUGGACUGUUCACGGUGAACAGUAUGGCUAACGGCAAUCUAACCGGAAACGCUCUGCUAAGCUUCAGCGAAUUAUCGGGAAGCUGUCAGUCCCACAAUCAGUUGCUUCCACAGCACCUGCACACAAGUCAGCUGAACGCACUGACGCUCAACGCAUUCACCGCCCAGUUGGCCAACAGCCGACCUCUUCAGCAGAAUCCCACGCUCAACGCCAUUACGUCCAACUGCCAAUCCUCGCCGACCUCCACCGCACUGAUACCAGUGAGUAGCUGUGCGGAUUCUACCAUCAACAGUACCGUGUCUACCAACUCCAUUGUGGCCGAUAUUGACUGCAGUCCGGCGAUCGCCAUCAGCCAGCAGUCCCACAUCAACAGCCACAACCUGGUGCAGAUGGAUUUCACCGAUAUGGUAGUUCCGGAAGAUCUCAACGACAUCACCUUCGACCGGCUGGAAACGGCCUCAUCGUCCAGUGGUUCCCAUCUGGAGUUUCCCUGCUCGACGGACGUUACUCGGCUGCUGCGGGAAUGGGGAAGCAGCGGAAGCAAGUUUUAAACAUCGAUGCAAACCAAAAAAAUAAGUGCUUUAUUGUGCGACAGUGAACGAGAGAGAGCGAGAGAAAGAGAAAAAAUAGCAAGAAUGAGAGAGCGGUGAGGUACGCUCGAAUGUUAGGGAAGCGGGAAUGUUUGUUUGUACAUUGGAUUCGGUGCUGCCGGUAGGGAAAUCAAAGUCUAGGCAAAAGCAGCGUAAUAAGAAAACAAAAACAAAUUUAAAAGUGUUGUGAUGAUCAAAAACAAGUAGCGGGAGAAGGAGAACUUUGGUUUUCUGUUGAGGUAGAAAGUUAGCUUUCAUGUUGGGUAGAAUGUCGGACAGUAGUCAACAUGCCGGGCGCGGUUUUUAAUUAAUUGAGCAUUUUGGUACGCCGGGGGUGAGCCAAUCAUCCGAGAAAAAAAAGUAGAUUGUCAAUAUAACAGUAGGUGAGAGGCAGUUCAAUCGGUCGAUUUUUGACGGCUGUGGUAGCGGCAAUAAGAGCCCGUUGGGAACUCAGCGAAAAGUUUUUUGAUGAAGCGGAAGAAAGAUGAAAAUUGAAAUUGGGAAAAUUUCGUUUGCGCGAACGUCGGACAGAUUCCGACCGAGCACCCGGAGAAAAACCUUCGCAAAAGUUUCGUAAGUCACCACUUUCCAGUUUUUAAUUGAUGACUGCAAUAAGAUGGGUUCCCCGCCUUCUCUCCUGACGGUUCCGCGGUUUGAAGGAGUCACAAAAGUUUUGCAUCCUCCUCACCAGUUGGACCACCAGUGGACUGCGCCGGAGAGUGGAAAACUGAAAGGAUGGAGAAUGUUUUGCGGUAUUUUCCAUUAAGUCAUUACGCUGAUGGUGUACCUCCUCCUGUCCGCCCUGCUUUUCAGUUGGGUUUUCUUUUGGACAAGUUUAUGUGCAAUGGAAUUAGAAAAUAUCGCAAAAUGACCAGUAGGGCUGAAGCAAAAAAUCAUCACAGCCUUUGCGCAAUGGCAAUAAAAAGUGGAUUGAUUUAGCAAGCACGGAGUAAGAUUAAUAACUUUUAGCGUUCUUUGUCAUUUUAACUUUAAUCUCCAGCGCAGCCAGUGGGAAAAAUAACUUAAAUUUGAUAAAGAUAACUACAAAUUAUUCACGCAACAUCGGUGCACGAUUUUUUUGUUGUUGCUUUGCUUUUGCAAUUUUUUGUGGCUAGAGUAAAACGAAGCCAUGGAAAAGCAUCUGCUGUUGGUUGUCCCGGCAGGGCACAGAAACGAACCGGUAAACAAGACCAAUGAGCUGGAAAGCCGGAAAAUGACAGCCACGGAGAACGUCUGUCAGUCAGUCAGUCAGUCCGAGCGAAUGAGUGCGCUGUCUGCUCUGGCUGAUGAAAUUAUAAUUAUUGAUCGAACGAAUUCCUCUUCCCGCUGCCGGCAGCGCUUCGGAAUGGUUGAUUUAUGUUCCGCAGCAUGAGGCGUGGAUCGUAAUCUCAUUUUACGGCGUACAGAACAGCGGUUUUACAGUCGGACGCUUCUUCUGCUUGUGGAUUUUCGCUGGGAGCGGGCAUAAAUCUAAAUUGAAUUUCUAUUGAUGCCUAAUUUUUUCCGCUGCUGUUAUUAUUUUCGCUCGUAGUAAGCAAUCUGUAAUUUAUUAAUAUUGACAUCAUCAACAAAUGGUAGCUAAAAAAAAAACUUAAAACCAUCCACUAGGAGCGCUGCAGAUAGUAAAAUGUAAAUGUCAAAACCAAAUUCGAAUUUCCGAAACCCACUCUGAUUGAACAUUACUUCGGAGUCUACAGAGCCACUAUCCGCUUAUCGCAAAUUGCGAAGGAUAAAAUUUUAUAAACUUCUGCUUCACAGCCGAGAAGUAAAACCCGGCCUGGGAUGCCAAAAAAUUAGCAUAUACCAACCAGUAACCAGUGGCACAACCCUCGAUUGAACCGACUUCGGGGCCGAGGCAUUUUCGAGAGGCUACAUUAUACAUAUGCAUAAAUUGAUUGACUGACUAUGUGGUAGAUUUUCCGACUUCUGUUCGAACCUUCGGUUCGGAAUAUUUUCUUAAUUCGUUACAAUAUCGGAUUGGGGAGCGCGAAAUCGGUGCUCCACCUCACCCCUCCGUUUGGCCAGAGAAUAAAUGCAAUUUAGCUGAGUUCGAUUUCACUUCGACUGCUGUUGCUGUCCGUAAUACUGCCCCGAAGUUCAUAAAGUCUGAUUGGUUUCCUUUUCCCUCCUUUCAAUUCGAUUGUGUUUUGUUUUUUAUUCUUCUGUUUUGUUGCUGUAAAUAUUGUAUCAUAUAGUUUCCUUCCGGUAAGAGGCCCCCAUCUUUCGGCCGGCUGAUUGUCAUAUUUUUCUUACUAUACCUUGUUUUGUUUCGUUCAAAUUCUCCUUUUAGUUCGAAAAAUUUUCGGCUUUAUUGCGGUGCAAAGGGCAAACAGUACAAUCGCGAAUAAAAAUGCAGAGCAAAUCGCAGCAACCGAACAAAUUUACCGUACACGCAAAUACAUAGCAGCUUUUGGUUUCAAUUUUUUGAGGAAAAAAACAAAAAAUGUUUUCAUUCGUUUGGUGAGAUCAGUGAAAAAGUUUGGUAACGAGAAAGAACGAAGUUGAAACAAAACAAAACAAAAACAAAAACUGUAGAUAUAACAAAUAAGAGAAUAAGCUGAAUGUGAUUUAAGUAAAGGUAAACAAACUCCGAUCAAGUCGGAGGUUUUGCAAAAUUGUUAGUUAAGAUACACAGACAACACGCAUACGAAACAAACUUUGACAGACACACACUCACACAGAGACACACACAAAGAUGGCAGAACUGUAAGCUCCUUGCUGGGGCGGCACUUGUAGUUGUAAAGUUAUUAAUACUUUUUAAUCGUAUGCGAGAAGAAGACGCAGAACAGGAGCAGCAAUGUUGAUGAAGGGCGGUUUGUGAGAGCAAGAGAGCGCGAGAAAGAAGAUAAUAAGAGUAGAGCUUGGCAUAUUUUUGCCCGGAAGGUGGCGUUAAUGCUCGACCAUACACGAAAGGGUACCAUAUUGGGACUAGUAAGUAAAUAACUAUUAUACAUAUAUUAUUGUGGUUAUACUAAUUGUGUAGUAGUGCUAUUUGAUCUAUUAUCAAUCGACACAAAGGAACGCAGGAGAGCUAAGUGUGAAGUAGAAUUGUCCAUGUUUUCUUACUGUUGCGCAAACACAGGAAUGAACUCUAUUUCACUGAAGGGAUUCGAGAUACAAAAAAAAAAACAAAAUGGGAAGAAAUUAUAGUGAGUUGUUCUUUGGUCCCAGGUCGUAGCACUUUCGCUCUGUAAAAAUAAAAAUAAAACGAAUCAAACUAUUGUGAUUUGCAGAAGAUCUCUCAAAUAAUGAAACGGAAACUUGUUUUCUUUUGUCAGCAAACAAUAUCAGGGAAAUGUUUGUUUUUGUUCUCUUUUUUAAGAAAAUAAUCAAAAGAAGAAAAAAUACAGCAAACAAGAAAACACACAAUAGAACAGAAACUCACUAAGCUGUGAGCAAUACCGCCAGCACUGGCAGAAGAAGCAAACGGUACUUGUAUCUAAUUAAAAACAAAAUGCAUCAAUUAAGGUAAGUAAACCGAUUACACUGGUACACCCAGCGAUGUCAGUAGCGAUUCAAUAGCUUUUCAUCAAUUAUUUAAGUCAAUAGCUGAAGCAGUUGGUAGAGCGAAUCUGGAUACUCGAUACAAAAAAAAAGAAAAACAAAAACUAGCGGAACCGACAGAGAAACUAUUCAAAAACAAAAAAGUGCUCGUUAUUUUUGUAACCGAAACGGAAGAUACAAAACACUAGUUUAGUAUCGUUUUUAAAUUAAGAGGAAGUUUAUUUUUGACGCGUGGGUUUAUUUGCUUACUUUUUCGAUAAAUGAAAAACCACAAACCUCAGGAAAUGAACGAAAAUUCAAAAAAACAAUUACUAAAUAAAGCGUUAUUGUUAAGCAACUUAUUAUACAAAAAGGAUCAAAAAACGAUUUAUUUUAACAGCAAACAGUUCAUCGAAGAAAAAAAAAACAAAACAACAACAACAACAAAAAAAACCGUGAACUGAAACGACCACAGAACAAACAAAAACUAAACUAAAGAGAAAACACACACACACACAUUAGAUACUUUUUGGGAUGCCACACCGAACUAGACUAAAACCAGCAAACAACAAACAAAACAGUAUAAUCAAACCAAACCAUACCAACGCGAGAGUUCAGCAUACAAUCGGUUCCAGAUAGUUGGAUGAUUUUGAUUUCAAUUUAUGUUGCGUUCGGAAGCACACAGCAAAUUACGUCUAAGGAACAACUGGGUGUACAUUUUUGCAGCUCCACUAAUGGGCUUAAAAGAAAAAGUUUAUGUUCGGGAUUGUGGUUGUGUACGUUUUUUCGGUUUGAUGUGUCCUGUUAAGUAACCUCCGUAAUGUAUGGAGUCACCUUUUCUUUGGUAAGGUGAAAUUCUCUGCUUUUUUUUCCAAAACACUUUUUAGUAGAAGCAACCUUUUUAAGGUAUUAAUUUGAACUUGUUUUUUCGAAAAAUCAGAAAAUCUGUUCACAAAAUCAUCAUACAACAAAAUCACAUGAUUUUUGUGCAAAAAAAAAGAGUUGUUUUGAACAUUCAUUUGCAACAAGUUUAAUGCAUAGUUUUCAAACAUUAUGCAUAAACGAAAGUAACAAAAAUAUUUUGAGUUCAAUAUUCUAUUAAUCUCCGCAAAUUUUCUGACAUGAAGUACAACUGGUAAACGUUUUGAUAGGCAGACUUCGUUUUGCUCGUCUUGAUCUCAAGGUGAAAUUGUGUAGGAGCCACAAUUAGCCGACUUCGACUUUUCAAAGACACAAAACUCGGAAGAAGUUAAUGCGGUAAAAAUAUAUCCUCAUGUUUGCAGCACCAUAGCAAAUGUAAGGAUAUAUUUUUCUCGGUGACGUAUGAACUUUUUCCGAGUCUUGGGUCGUUGAAAAUUCUAAGUCAAACACGACAUACUUCCUUCCUUAGCGAGAAAUCAUUAUUUCCCUCCUAACAACUAUCAGUUAACAUUCAAUGUACAUCAUACCAUCAACGCUGCCAGGUGGAUUUCAUUGAUAUCUGAAAAAAAAAACCAAAAUAAUCUGGCAGUCGUUUCGCGGAAUAAAAAGUAAUUUUUCGUAUGAAAUUUUUGAAGUACGCAACCUCUUUAGGGUGAUACAGUUGCAAAACCUUGAGCAAUGUUCAAAAUGAUGAACUUAAUGCGAGACAGAGAAAAAAAUGCUUAAAAAUUUGGAUACUUGGCAACGCUGAUAUCAUCUGCUGUUGAGAGAGAUUGAAGAGUAAUAGUUUCUCGGGUGAAUAAACGCUUCUGAUGAAGAAAUGAAUUGUUCAGUGAACAUCUGAAAAUGACGUUUCUGUUCUCAUCGCUUUUGGAUGUGACAAAAACAGUGUAAAAUUGAACGUUCUGCAGAAUACGCAACGCACCCAUGGUGAGUUUCAAUUCCAAAUCUGUUAGGAUGUCGGAGGGACAGAGGCUCAGUAUAGCAGAGUAGUAACCUUGAAACGGAAAGGUGAAACUUACACACAAGUACGGAUAUAAAUGAUAAGCGUAUCACUUCCUACAAUAGUGAUACUGCCAAUAAUAUGAAGUACGGAAUACAGAAAACACUUGGACAAAAUCACAAUAAAUCUAAUCUCUGGUCGCAGUGAUGAGCCCACACAGGAAAAAAAGAGAGAAAGUAAUUGCUUAAGGCCCAAAUACACACACGGCACACGGUCCAUACAAAAUGGAAGGCGGGGUAGCGAUCACGCCCUCUAUUUUGUAUGGAAAAGGUGUCAUUGCGCCGUGUGUGUAUUUGGGCCUUUACCCCUCGCAUGCGAAGAUUGGUCUGAACAUAAACUGUGCUACUGAAAUUCUCUUCGAUUAAAUGCGGGCAGUUACUUUCUCUCUCUCACGCGUUUGACAGGUAAUGGCAGCGUUUCCAGGUCGAGUUCAUCGAUAUCUGUAAAAAGCUUAAAAAAUUUAAAAAAACUUUGUGCAAAUUUUUCAUCACCUUUUUGCGAGACAGAGGAAAUAGAAUCUGGAAGAUUGUAAUCAAAUCUCGCUACCUGGACACAUGUUCAAAAAUCUGCUGAAUCCAAAGAAACCUGGAUACCUGACAACACUGGGUAGAAGAAUGUGAGCAUAAAAUCAAGAGAGUGGGUGAAACCUCUCGGUAAAGAAAAACGUGAAUAGGGUUACGAGAAUAAUUCUCAAAAGCAUGUUUUUGCUUAGAGAAAUAAGACUAUUUUCAUUCAUCAAUUUUCGCAGGUAUCACAUGCUGUACUAGUUUUAUGCAGCAAUGAAACCUUACCUUGACUCCACCUGCAUAAAACAUAUGUAAAACUGGCGUUUUUUUUGGUACACAUUGCCCCAUUGUACUCCGUAGCUCAUCCUGUCAAACUGCUAGAUAAGUAAUGAACAAAAUGAGUGUUACGUAUGUCUUAUGUAUGUGUUGGCUCUUUUGUUCAGCUUUUAAGCUUUAUACUAAUAUGCGCUUCCGUAUGAGGCUGAAAAUAAACCUAACAAUUUUUGGAAUUUCCAGUUUUAGGUGAAUUUUUUUUAGCUAAAUAACGUAAAUAAUUUUGGAAUUAUUUUAGGUAAAUUUUUUGCUCCAUUAAAUUUCAGUUUACCAUUUGUUCAGCUUCUGCUGCCAUACAAAACCAGUUACCUUCGAAGUAUACAUACUUCAAAAUGAUUCUCGAGCUAGAUAUAUUGCCGAGCUGUCAUCCCAACAAACAAUUUUGUUGAUUUACAGCUUAAUAAGCUAUAAUUCAGUGGAUUUCAGCUGAACUAUAGCUAAAUAAGCCGUUAUUCAACAAAGUUGUUUGUUGGGACGGUUCAACCUUAAUCAUCUGAUAAUUUAGCAAAAAAAAACAUGAUUCAGCAACACUGUGAUUUUGGAUGUUUUGUGAAAUUUAAGUUAGGUUCAACCAGGAUUUUCGAAAAAAAUUUGACAGCUGUCGUUUUUCUAAAAUGUGCACUGAGCAAUGGAGGCAAUCACUUACCAAGAUUCGGCAGUAAAUUUUAAGUGUGUAAUUACACUAUUAACAUUCUGUUAUUCUUGGAUUUAUGAUUUCAGUUCUAAACAACAGCAGAUUCAACUAUUACUUUACAUGUUAGAGAGGUAAUUGCGGCUGAAAUUUGCUGUGCUCGGUCGCUUUUUGACACUGAAAAAAGCACGCAAGGGUUUUCUCUUCAAGAUUAUAGACCAUUUUACGAGACGUUUCUGAACUCAAUUCAUGAAUGAAAUUUUGACAGAAAUCUCGGAACCGCUGACAUAACGCACGUAAAAGCAACAUCAAUAUCAGCAGGAUCCGUGACACCUGUCAGUUCGUUAUCCAUGCAUUUUUGGACUUUCAUUGAAAAAAACAAUGAAAAUUGUUUCAUUUCCCUACGACUCUAACAAAACUCUAGCACAGCGAAAUAACAUACCUUUGUUAGAUGUCAUCCGUACUCGAAGUUACACUCCUGUGAAAAAAUGACUCCGAAAUGAGUAAAAUUUGACGCAUUUUAAUAUAGACCUUUUUACGUACGAAUGUGUUAGUGCCACUAGUUGAGGAAAAUGUUUACAAAUAGCUGUUUUGUUUGCAAUGCUAUGCUUUUAGCAGCUGGAUAAAUAUUAAGUUUAACACUCGUUACAUGUUUUAAACUUGUUUCUGAAUAAAUUUUUUCGUUCGUGAUCAGAAACCGGAAGAAGCUGCUGAACAUAAUCGACCAAAAAUGGUAAAAAAUGAUAAAAGUUGAAGCAACGAGAUGCGAUGAUUUAUAGUUUGGAGGAAACAAAAGCAACUUUACACGGGUUUACAAGUUUACUAGUGUGCGUGGGUGAAAAGUCACCUAUCUCUAUAGAGAUAAGUGAAUUUUCAGUUACGCACACUAGCAAACGUGUAGAGCCGUGUAAAUUUACUUUUGUUUUCUCCAAACUGUAAUACAUCGCAUAUCGUUGUUUCAAAUUUUUAGCAGCUUCUCCCGAUAUAUAAACUGUCACACUGUAGCCUUGAGAGCAGAUUUAAAAUAAUUAUCGCGAUAAUUUGCCUUAAUGUCCUCUCACAGCUCCGGUGUUUAUGUACGAGAAAUACUCUCUUUGACAAUGUUGUAGUACUAUUUGAGGAGUUCAAGUUCGCCAUACAAAGUUGUUCAGAACUGUGCUGAUUAGAUGAGCUAUCAGCUUGCGAAAAAUUGAACGCGAGUGAUAAUUUUCAUCUUUGUCCGAGACACUAACACAUUCGUACGUAAAUAGAUCUAUAGAGCUUUCUGACAGCACGGUCAGGCACACUAAAUUCGGGUUGUUUGCCUCAUAAAUGACUCUUGGUUUACUCAACCGGGGUUAAGCAGAUCGAAAAAUAUAGUGUUUUUUGAGUUGCUCGGUACUGUAAAUCAAAUAUUCGUAUUGUAAGAUACUAUCCGUAAACGAAUCACACAAUCCGCGUAGGAAUAAAUUAACUGUCAAGUUAGCGAAAGAUAAUAAAUAUUUCGCAAUCAAUGCAGGCAUUUUGACAGCACUUUGAUUGCCUUAUUUUCAUCCGACUUACGCGGUGUAAAGUGCACCAAUAAAUGCACGAUUGGAGAGGUCUCUAGAGUAGAACAGCUUUGAAUCUGAGUAACUCCGCAAAUACGCAUAUUUGAGUAACACUAGGCGUCUUUGAAUUAUUAAUCAGCAUUUGUAAAUGGUGUUACUCACAUUUUGGGUACAGUAUAACCUCUGAAGUUCGUCAUCGCUUCAGCUUCUAUCUAAACAACCUUCUGUGAAACAAAUGAACCACACUGAACAAACAAAUAACUCCAGAGCUGUGAAUCAAAAUAAAUUCAACCGAACCGGAGGAUAUCCAAGAAGAUAAUAAAAGACACUCAGAAAAGAAACUUGAUCUAUUUUUGAGUUACUAUUUAAGAGUUUAAAUUUGUACCCGCUCGUUCAGUUUAACUCUAAACUGAGUCAAAUAUUACUCUGUUCUGUUGAAAUGGACGUACUCAAUAGAAUAUUCGUGCAAUUUCUUCUGAGUUACAUGUCUAUCUAUCAAAAACUGAGUAAAUUUUACGCUGGUGCAUUUCGUAUCCACAUCCGCCGCAAAUUGUUGCAUUCUUUCGGGCUCCAACCAAUUUACAAAACCUAACUUUGAGAAACUCUAAGCUUUAAACACUACUGAGAGCAACAUCGAACAUUGGCAUUAAAAUAACUUCUAUUGUCAUUUGAAAAUUUUUGACAUUCGCUCAUAUUACGCAAAAAUGAGUAAAUACAGCCAUUAAGAAAUUCUGAGUAGAUAUUACUCAGUUUAAACAAUAAAAGCAAUCCCAGUUUUUUUAAAUUUUUCAUUGAAUUAUUUAAACUGAACCAUCAACCGAAAACGUACACAAACGUCACGUAAACAAUCAAAUUCGUAAAUUCGUACUCAUUGUGACUACUGUACAAAGGAAACAGAUUUUUCGCAUCUAGUUUGUUACGCUCCAUAAUGACGGUUGCUUUGACGCGGUGUUUGAAAAUUCGAAACUGUCUUAAGAGUGCUACGCACUUUUCAUCAGAGUAGUCGUCAUUAUGAAGCUGAAUAGUGACUGUAUUAGUAGCCUGGAUUUUGGGAACCCAGUUUGAGCUGUAAAAUUUCAAUUGGUUAGAAUCUAAUAUUGUAACAGUUUCAAUUAUUCCAAAUUAUUUUCUCCUAGACCCUUUUAAAGCGGUUUUUAUAUUCGAAAACAUUUUACAACUACAGGAGUUUCUUGACUCGUAGCAGUCAGAUCAGUAGUUUUUCAGUCCACCAGACUAGUAUAAAAGUGACUACAGUUUCACUGUCGAAUUUUCAGGUUGUGAAAGUGAGCUUUUUCGUUCUCGAACUCUACCAGCCGAACAAGCAGUAAAUCAGCACUCGAGCUGUGUCUCCCCUGAGUUUAGCAUCCUUCAGUAGCGCGAUUCGGUUAGAUAUCUUCAUUUCUAUUAUACUCUUCUUCUCCUUAACUCACUGAAUGCUAGAAAGAAGAAAAAAAAAACUGUGAGAUAAAUAAAUUUUUGUCUUGUUGACUUUACCAGUAGUCGAAUAGUUAGAUGAAACCAAUUUGACCGGUUUGAGCGAUGGGAAGUGCCACUUGAUACACACUCCUGCACACGCUGCAACAUCUCAACUGUCAAACAACAACCAAGCAAAACAAACAAAAGCAACUUUUAUUCGUGUUUGUGUUAGACUCUGUAGACACCUAAUCAACUUAUCGGCAAAGGGUCGAGUACACCAGCAGUGUUGCCUGUUUAUCACUGACAUCAGCCAAGGGGAAUGACAGAUAAGCCCACGGAAUGAUAUUGCAUUCAACGGAACUGGGACACACACACAUUGAUUGGUUUUAUUUGGCGGAAACUAAAGUUAAGACUGAUUGCUCCGAAAGUUUUUAGCUAACGAUGAAUUAACAUGUACGGAACAUAAAAAAAAAAAAUAACUAGAAACAAACUAAAACGUAUUCCUUCGGUUGUCACUCUGCUAAAGUAGCUGCCUAUAUAACUGUGCUCUGGUCGUCACCAUUACUGUUACACAAGUUUUUCUCAUUCUCUGCAUUGUUGUUGUAGCAAUAUCGCAUAACUUUACAUUCAUGCAUAAUCAUUCACUCAUAAAUAGACACACAUACACACAUGACAGCACAUGCAUAAUAAGUCUUUCGUGAUCUUAGUUUGACAAUCAGCUGAAUUUGCCGACUCUCGGUUUAGUUGGUGUAGAUCUCCUCUCACCGCAUUGUUAUUCAUAUAACAGAAUUCUGCGAUAUAAAGGAUCCUAUUUCCUGUUAGCAACAUAUCUUGAGAAGUAACUCAACGAAAACACACACAAACACACACACACACACGCAAAAGUACACAAGUCAAAAGCAAGCCAAACUUCCCCUCAGAAAUCAUGUGCCCUUUUCACCGCCCUGCCAUUCAUCCUAGAAGAGCAAACCGCGCGGUAGAAUGUCUAGUUUUAACCACUAAAAUGAGGUGCGAAUAGCGUACAAUAUCAAGCAAAUGCAUUUUUUUCUCUCGGAUAGCCAUUUUUGCCUGUGAAUUGAUCUCAUUUUUUCGAAUAGUAAAGUUUUGUUUGCUCCAAAAUUCUGUUUUAUGUGACUCAAACCUGUUAACCUCGGGAUGAGCGGAUAAGCGUCUUUUCCCCCUCAAACCUCAAAGCCCCUUCCGUGCUACGUCAAAGCGGUUUGCUUAUUAGAAUCCAUUUUACCGAUCGUGUCUCAAAUUUGAUUGCUAUCGGUAGUAAAUCUACAGAUACGAAAACCCUCAUACUCACACACACGCAGUAAGAAAGCAUCCAUUGCAGAAGCAUCGAGCAAACGCAAAUUAUUAGUAAAUAAAGUAGUAGUGAAAGUAAAUGUAACUUGUAAUAAUCAACUAACAGAUUUGAAAAAUCAGAAGAAGAAAAACUAAAUAAAUAAAAUAUUCAGGUAUCUAUGCAGGCUGUGAAAUAGUCUAUUCUUUAUUUUACAUUAAAUAGUAUUGUAUAGUUUUUUUUAACUCUUCGUAAUAUGAACGUUCGUUUUGUUUAUUGCGUAAAUAACUAGCUUUCGUUUAUUGUCUCGUGAAGAGUUUAUCGUUUCAAUUUCUUACCCGUAAGAAUGGUACGAAAACAAAAACAACAAGAAGAAAAACACAAAUUCGUUCAAAACUGUAUUGACAAACUGCCAAACUAUGCAUUUUCACUUUCUACUAAACCAUAACUAGUAAACAACAACAACAACAAGGAAAGUGCGUUUUAAACCUGCUUUAUUUGGUUUUAUGUUAAAAACCCCGUUUCGGAAUUACAAUCAUUGUUUUCUACAAAAGCAUUAGAACAGAAACAAUACAAAAAUAAAACGUUACAUAACUACUUGAAAGAACGUAAAACAGAAAUAAAAAUCAAGUUUUAGCAAAUUUUGCAUUAAACAAUAGGAGGAGAAAAAUAAAUAAGAAAAAAAGCCGAGAUUUUCAAAUCUUUAUUUUACCUUAUAUUGUCAUUGAGAGAAAACGUGCUUUUCUCCCUCCAUUAUUAUAUUAAAAAGAAGAAAAACAACUGAGAAACAAACAAACAAAUAAAACAUCCAUGGAAUCAGCCGCUUUAAAUGUGUAGAGAAACGUUUUUUUUUUUUAUAUAAACAUUUGAAAAAUUAAGCAACAAAAAAUAAGAUGAACAAACUUACAAUUUACCAAUCGUAGAGAAAAUGAACUCAAGUAGGAAGCUAACUUCUAAAAUAAAGCGCGUUGCGGUUUUUUUUUCUCUGUGAACUACUUGAACCACACUCACACACAUACAACGGUAAUAAAUUGACAAAAAACUCAAGAAUAUUUAUUGAGCAAGAAAAAAGCAAACAAAUUACUAAAUGUCUAUUUAUAUAUUUACAAUCUCAGCGCCAAUUCUGUGCACUGAAAGAUCAAACAAAAUAUAACCGAAGUAGCGUGGAUCAAAAAGACUAAACUACCAAAAUGGCGUGAGCAAAAGAAGAAAGAAACAAAAACCAGCGGAGACAACCAGGAGAGAGCGUAUAACGGGAACGAAAAUCAAUCACAAGUGGGAUUGAACUUGUUAUAAUUACUAAUAUAUUUACACUCACUCACUCACUCACUUACACUCACCGUAGCAGCGUUAAACUCAAACUAGUAAAGUGAGCAAGGGAGAAACAGACAGCAAACAAAAGCGAACUUUGUUUCGUCAAAUUUGUAACGAUGACUUGUGACUCCAGUUUGACGUUUGUCAGCUGCAGCGUUUACGUGUGGCAUGCCCUAAUCUCCCCCCCCCCCCCCUUCCCCCCAAAAAAAGAAACAAACCCAACAAAAACUUAUUUGGCACAAACAGACUCGAAGGAGAGGUUUCAAAGAUGACAAAAUUGUGUGUAGACAAAGAAUCUACAAUUGCCGGAUUCGUCCCUAGCAGGGCCUGCUACUGGUGUUUUCGUUUACGUUGCAACUGACAGAGAACUUUUCAGAGAUAGUUAGUGGUCUCAAAUUUGGUAGGGCGCUAAACGCACUCUUCUCCGGAUGGGUGCACAAAUUUGUUGUUUUGAUAUUUGCGUGUGUUGGGGAGACCAAGCGUCCGAAGAUUUUCAGAGCCCAAAAAAAGAAGGAGAAGAAACAAAACUAGAGUGGAUAUGUAAAAUCAAUCAACCAAUUUUGUGACGAUUUGUGACAGUCGGUGAGCUGUCAGAACGUGGAGUGCUGUCAUAAUCGAACUAUCUAACGUAGCCGAUCCUACGCAAAGCAUCAACUAUAAGGAAAAUAAAGAUACCAACAUUUGUAAUAUUAUGUACAUUUACGACCAUAACUGAUAGGAAGUUUUGUAAAUUUCUGUGUAAAUACUAUAAUUAUGGAUUAUAUUAUAUAUGAAGUAACAUUAGAGACAAAAAAGUGGAGUUAAGUAUCGUAACUAAGAGAAUAUUAGCAGAUUUUCGAGAGCGAUUUGCGAGCGGGGUCAAGAAAACGGAAACAUCGAUUUUGAUUUGCUAGAAUUUUACGUUUUGUCACAAUAAGGUUGACAAGGGAAACAUCCAAACAACUGAUACCGACCAAAAAAAUAAAAAUAAAAAUUAUUAAAAAAAGGCAUAAACGAUGGAUUGAGCUGAACAAAGCAGAUGUUAGGCUUUUAAAUAAUUGAUUCUCGGUUUUUUAUACUGUUGACAAACUAUUACGACCCUAAGUUUACGCUAAUAGGUAAAGGAUUCCGUUUUCUGCUGAAAGGGCACUAAUCGAAAUCGAAUCCUGCGCCUUUCUUUUUUUUUAUUGUGUCGUUGACGAAUUGUCCUUCCGAGCAGCGUCAGCAGUGAACCUAGUCGGCGGAAGGCUCCGAACCAAAUUUUAGGCAACCACAAUCGAGCCAAUAAACUAUUAACUUUAAACGAAAUUAACGCGCAUCCAAUUUGAGCAAACGAAGGGAAAAUUUUGACAAGCAAUAUACAAGAAAAUAAAUGUUGAAACAAAGAAGAAAACUCAAACAUGUGAAAACAAAUUGCAAUUAUUUUCCUCCCGGAAGAGCGGCCGCUACGAAAUGAAAGAAAAUCUUUUCGGAAGAACAAUACAAUUAUGAGGGAACAGGAGUGAAGAUAAAAAUUACUAAAUACAAAAGAGAAAAAAACAUGAAAUAAAAUCAUAAACUGAUUCUCCGAAUCGCACGAGUUGUUGAAGUUUUUGACAUGCAAACCAAAAAGUGUCUGUUUCUUUUCUGUUUUAGGAAAAAAAAUGAAGCAAACCGAAAUGAAACAAUCCAGUAGGAAGUUAGCGACAUGCUGUUAGUGCGAAACGGAGCUGUUUGAGUUAGAGAUUUGUCCAAUUUAUUUAGUGCGUAAAGUUUAGAUUUGCUCGUUUGUUUUUACCUUGUACACAUGUACUGCUAAGUAGACGAUCGGUCGCACCCGAGCGAGGCCAAAGAUUUCGAAGUCCUUGUACGGGAAAACGGCCCGUCCUUUUCCAUUCUCUGUCCUUUUUUUUUGUUGUUUCCGGAACCUCGGGUCUCUCGUUAAUACAUCACAAACUAGAAACGAGCAGACGCGGGAGGCGAAUAAAUUACUACAUAACUAACUAAGUUGUUGCUAAUCCAGAAACCAACCAGACUAUCGCGAGAUCUGAUCGAAGAUCGGAAGCGCAGACUCAGGCGAACGAAAUCGUUGUGUGGAAAAAAAAACCACGAAGACGAAAACAAUAUGAAAACAAGAAUCGAAGCGACCAUCUGCAAGCAACUAUCUAGAACCAUGAAAAGCUCUAAGAACAGACAACAAAGGCAAAGAACAUGUAAUAAAUUCAUGCGAAGAACAAUGAGGUUUAUUUCUGUGUAAAACCAUUACAAUUAUAAUUAUCAAUACGAUUAGUUGCGAUUAGUGAUUAUCAAUUAUUAUCAAGAUUAUUGAUUAUUAUUACUUAUUAUAUAUAUUAUUGAUUAUAUUAAAUAUAUGAACAGUGAAAAAAUUUUACAUUUGAAAA